GGCCUCCCUUGAUUGGAUUUACAUGUACUAAUUAGUAAUUACCAAUUACCACUCCUUGACUUACUCGGCUGACUGACGGCUCUGCUUCUGAAGCCUUUCCUUUCUCAAUUCUCCGGCGUGUUAAGACUUGAGAAACAAGAAGAAGAAGGGUAAACAGUAGCAGAAGCGGCAUCACAUAAGGAUAAGGUACUCUGAUUUUGGAAUAGUAUGAUGAAUCCGUUACCUUCUCUGUCGCGUUAGAAGUGGAAUUCUUCUGUUCUUCACUUUGGGCUUUUUUCCUCGAUCCUCCAUCUUCUUUUCGUGUGCCGUCCAACUGCUCGAUAAAAUGCCACACCCACUCAGUAAAGUAAACCAGUAUCAAUCCCGGAAUCAUGCACCACAACCCGCUGAUUUUCCAAUUUGUGGCCGGGGGCUUUUCUCAGGGAAACAGUGAGGGAGAGAGGAAAUGGCGUUAAGACGCUACUUUGGGUUCUCAGAGGGAGAACUGAUGAGGUCCGAUUGCAAGCCUUGCUCCAGGCUCAUGAGGCACACCGCUGGAAUCUUCUCCGUCGGUGGAGCAUUCGGAUUCUGGAUUCUAUGCAGGUUGCACUACGGUCCCAGAGUCACCACGCCGAGGGCGCUACGGUGGGCGGCUUGUGGAGCAGUCACCGUGAGUUCAUCCACAGCGAUGCUGGGUUACUGACAAAAUGGUCUCACGGGCAGAUGGAAGGACUCUGAAAGGAAAGAAGUGUACACAAUAUAGUAGAUAAUAUUUG